GAUCACACUUCACACACCACCGUCCAUGCAAUGCAGCAAACAACACGGUAGGUGCAGCCCUUCACCUGUAUAUAUACACUGCAGGAGCAGUGUCUCACACUCACUCAACCCAAGCAUCUCUCUUCUUCACUAGCUACUUCUCCAAGUUGAAGAGAUCAAAGCUAGAAUGGGCAGCUGCAAGAUUCUCCUGGUCACAGCUCUCCUGGUCGGCAUUGCCUCCCAGCAGAGCUCUGCCACCAGGAACCUGCACGGAGAUCAUCACGUCGCGGAAAAGAAGUUCGGCGGCGGCGGCGGCGGCUACGGUGGCGGUGGCGGUGGAGGGUACGGUGGCGGUGGCGGCGGCGGCGGCUACUCACCGUCGCCCACGACCGGUUUCACCGGGAGCUGCGAUUUCUGGAAGAGCCACCCGGAGAAGAUAAUAUCGUGCAUCGGGUCGCUGGGGAGCAUCGUGGGGUCGUUCGGGGACGUGUGCAGCGGCUUCUUCGGGAGCAAGCUGCAGACGCUGCAGGACGCGCUGUGCAGCACCCGCAAGGACUGCUACGGCGACCUGCUCCGGGAGGGCGCCGCCGCGUACAUCAACUCCGUGGCCGCCAAGAAGCAGGCCAAGUUCGCCUACACCACGCAGCAGGUCAAGUCCUGCAUCCUCCUCGGCCUCACCUCCAAGGCCGCCGCCAUCGAGCAGGCCGCCUUGUUCAAGAAGGCCAACCUCGCCUGCCACUACACCUAGCUACCCAUACCUCGCCGCCGGCCGGCCAUCUCUCCGGCCAUCUCUCUCUCUUAGCUAGUUGGUAGCUAGUGUCGUCAUGGUGUUGAUGAUGAAUAAGUCCUUGCAUGGAUGCGUCGUGGCAAACCAUGCGUAUAUUAUUCAAGAAUUGUGUGAGUGUUCAGAUCUGACCUCAGCUGUGGCUUGUGUGCGUUUGCAGUUAAAUUGAUGAGGUGCACGGCGCCACGACGACGUCUCGUCGUCGGUGCUUAGUUGCAUGCUUUGUUUGCUUUUCUUAGUUUCUUGGCGAUGUACUUAUUAAGAGAAUAAGAUGAGUUUGAUUUGGUUAGUGAUGAA